CGGGUUGGAGAUGAGCGCAUUUCUUAUCCAAGGAAAAUACGUUCCCACUUGAAUACGGGUGGUGGGGGAAGGGGGGUGCACGAGCGCGCAGACACCUGGGUAAACUUGUGCGCUUUGACUACUACCCGUGAAUCGAAAAUGAACAACCAUUUCGAUGCGGAGCAACGCACAAAUCCAACCAAUGUUACCAAGGCCAAUACAAUUGAUUACUUUUGCGUAAUAACGUCAACAUUAAUUGUGGACGCGGAAUCUGCUGGGUCAUUGGGUUUACUUUUCUGCCCAAGGUCUGGCUGCAUCCCACCACCCCCGGGCUGUAGUAUCCUUGCUGCCAGAUUAAAAUCGCUGUGCUAUUGGAAUUUGUGUGUUUUAGUUAAGACGUGCUUGUCACUUCUUCCUCUGGCAUUUGAGCUUUGAAUCUGUCUGCCAGAGAAAGGACUAUGAAGAGGUUAACACAUUUCACCACGGAUGUUUCUUCCCUCUUGACCGAGUAAUCGAACGUUAGUGAUGCACCCAAAGAGGAGUUCAAUGGAUUUUUUGCGCGUUUCGUGGAGGUUCUAAAUCCUGCAGAUCACCAAUUUUGCAGGACGUCCCAAGAAAACAACAACACAUUAAUUGACGGGUCUAAUUUUUGAACGUAACUUUUUUUUGUUUGUUGGUAGGAUACUCUCAUCAUGACGAUUCUAUUAUCUCGGACUCAACUUGCCCUGUUUUUCAUUCUCCUAUGUCCGGUCAAUAUCAUUGGGUUAUGGUGGGCAGUGGGGAGCCCUCUGGUUAUGGAUCCCAACAGUAUCUGCAGGAAGACCAAGCGACUAGCGGGAAAGCAGGCCGAGCUGUGCCAGACCCAGCCAGAGAUCGUCCACGAGGUCGCCAAGGGUGCCAAGCUGGGUGUGCGGGAGUGCCAGUACCAGUUUCGCUUUCGCCGCUGGAACUGCACCAGUCAGAACAAGUACUUUGGCAAAAUACUCCAACAAGACAUCCGGGAGACAGCGUUUGUGUACGCCAUCACGGCGGCUGGGGUGACCCACGCGGUAACGCAGGCCUGCAGUAUGGGGGAGCUGCUGCAGUGUGGCUGUGAGGCGACCAGGAGCAGGGCUCCCCCCCGGCCUGCCUCCUUCUCCACCACCACCUCUGUCGAAGGAGUCAAGUGGGAGUGGGGCGGCUGCGGAGACGACGUGGAGUUUGGCUACGAGAAGUCCAAGCAGUUCAUGGAUGCCAAGAGGAAAAAGGGCAAGAGUGACAUCAGGACGUUGAUCGAUCUCCACAACAACGAAGCAGGACGACUGGCGGUGAGGAAUUAUAUGAGGACUGAAUGUAAAUGUCAUGGCCUGUCCGGGUCUUGCACACUCCGGACCUGUUGGAAAAAGAUGCCUCACUUUCGGGAGGUGGGUGAUCGCCUGCUGGAGAGGUUUAAUGGAGCUUCCAAGGUGAUGGGAGGCAACGAUGGCAAGACCCUGAUUCCUGUGGGCCAGAACAUCAAGCCUCCGGACAAACAAGACCUGAUCUACUCGGCCGAAUCGCCCGACUUCUGCUCACCCAACAGGAAGACAGGCUCGCUGGGCACGCGGGGCCGCAUGUGCAACAGCACAGCCAUGGACGUGAGCGGCUGUGACCUGCUGUGCUGUGAGCGUGGCUACCGAGACGAGACGGUGGUGUUUGAGGAGAACUGUCUCUGCCGCUUCCACUGGUGCUGCGUGGUGCAGUGUAAGAAGUGCUCGGUGAGGAAAGAGCUCAGUCUCUGUCACUAGCAUUACCACAGAGGAACUUGGUUGGUUUCAGGCCACUUCAGCCUCACAGGAAUGAUGCACUGAGAUCAGGCUCCCACAGUUCACUUCAGGAGCACGCUGAAAGAUGAAUGUCUUAUCUAGGAUCAUCUUGGACAGACAGCUGGAGGAACUCUCCUCUCAAGCUGUAGAACAGUCCAGAAUGGCCACCUACUUCAGUGCUCACCACAUAGAGCUCUAUGACCCUGAACUUAGGCUCUUUUUAAAAGUUACAUUUCAGCUCCCAGAACUUUCUAGAGCAGAAUGCUGGGUCCCAUGUCAUAUAAGACAAUCAGAAAGUUUGGUACUAUUCUCAGUCAUCUGUACAGAGCUGUUAGCCUCUAAAGCAGUGGUUCCCAAACAUGUUUGCACAGUGAACCACCCACCACAGGUCUUUAGAAUUAGCCAUUGACCCAGAAAAUAGCAUAACAACUGUUUCUAGCCUCAAACCCAAUGCUAGGACCCACUAAGAACAUGGGGCCUACAACCCACCAUUAGGGAAAAACUUUGCAUAGUCAGUUAACCAUGUUUCUACGAGGGGUGACUAUUGUAAAGAAAACAUAAUGACUUUGCAUGUGGAAAAUACAGUCAUGGUGAUAAAAUAUUUUCCUAUGUAACAUAAAUGUCCUUCAUGUGAAAGGUAAAUGGACAUGCUCAACAUGGAAUACAGUUUUUUUGUAUCUAGCACAAAAUGUAUAAAAAAGGGAAAUGUGGGGUUGUGUUUUUGGAAGACGAACCGAACCCCAUCUUGUUUCAUGGUGAGGAGCUGAACUGACAUCCGAGACUAUUAUUUAUGAAAUUUUUUAUGACAAGACUACUCAUAGUGAUAAGGUGAGGAACGUGCCUACCGUCUCUCUGAAAAGCACUUUGGAUGUUGGAGCUAUCUAUGUAAGCCAUUUGUUACAUUUCUGGUUUUGUUUGUUAGAGUAGUUUGCAAAUGGAAAACUUUUAUUUUUCGUUAUAUGGUGCAGUGUCGAGAAAGUAUGAUAUUAUGUUUAUCUGUUUAAUAUAAAGGGCUUUUGUAAUGCACUUUCAAUUAAAGCAUUGGUUACGUUAAGCUUUGUUAGGUAUAGUCAUGUUGUGCAGAAUAGCCAGUCACAAUCACAUACAAUGCUGACAAUGAAUCCAUACAUUGGUCUCUUUGAUAAGUCAACUUGCUGAAGUGAGUUGGAAGUUAGAAAGACCAUUUAUUUUUACUCUCUCCCCUAAAUUCUUUAAAAUAGGCAAAUAAGAUCUCCUUGCUUGUUUUUUUUUUGGGGGGGGGGGGAUAAAGCAUUCACUGUGAUUAAUAAUAAUAACGAUUCCUCAUGAGUUGUGUUGGUACCCAAACACGCUGUACAUUUUCCGUUGAUGUGCAUAGCUAUAAGUUAUUGAAAUGUACUGUGUCGUACCCUUCUUUUAGAGUACGUUUUUUUGUUGCUACUUACCUUUCAGGGAUCUGCAAGACAAGAAACCAUUGGCAAAACAAAGAGAGAGUACGAUGAGAGAUCACAUCGCUAUAAUUUAUUGCCAAUAUACCAUGGUUUAUGACCAGAUGAUUUCUGGCCAGAGUUCAUAGUUCAUAUUGUUACCAUGACAGUGACUACACACUGCACAGGAUCACUCUAUUCUCAGAGUUACUAGCUCUAUCUGUGGAAACAGCAACAUUUUGUGUUUAAUUUAAUCUAAAUACAGUUUUUGUACAAAAAAGAAUAUCACUUUAAGGGAGAAAGACUUGGUAAAACUGAACUAUUCUGACUGAGAUUUACUAAAAUAUUAGGCAUUCUUUACAUACAGUUAUGUUUAGCAGUAGAAUUGGUCACUGUACCAUGUUAAGUUUGGGUUGUAGUCGACCAAAUUAUGAAAUCAGACCAAAUGUGACAUUUCAUAUGUGAGAUAUAUGCAUGACUAAGCAAGGUCUUAGCCUAUCCAUUCCCCAUAGAACAACUUUUGGACUUGUUGGGCUGCCAGGAGCGUUUUACUGCUACUGUAUGUAUGUUUAAACAGCCCUUGUCAAAAUGGAAGAAGGUUGUUUUGUUGCUUUCUGGAUUCAAAGCAAGACACAAGUUUAGAAAACAGGAUUUUGUCAUGGAAUGUUGAAUGAUUUAAAGAUAAUUUCUCAGCAUUUGUUUGGAUUCUUAGACAUCAUUUGAUAUUCUCAUACUUAGUUGUUCAUUGAUUAAACUUGUAUUAUUCUACGAAGUUCAUUUCAUGUCCAUUUAGUUACUUUCCAGUUACAGUAUUUGUAUAAAUUUAAAUAAAUUGGCAAUUGAGUUUCUGCAUUUACUAUACAAAUAAAAAGUAA